GUGAUGAGGGAAGGAAGACCGCCUCACCGAACUGAAGUAUUUUUCAUUUAUAAGUGAAAUCUGACUUAUCAGUUGAAUUAUAAAAUAAACUCGGGUCCACAGUGGGAAUAAUCGUGCGGUGCAGUGACAGUGCAGAACUUCCAGGACCACAAGAAUGGAUAUAAGCGAGGAAUUAGGCAGAUAAAUCUAGUGUUUCAUGUAUGCCGCCGUUGUACCAAGAGUUCAGGUGAAUACUCGCUCGUUUUUGUUCCUUGCUGGAACGUGGAUCGCUCUGUCGUGUGCUCCAGACGACGCUGCCAACACCUGAUAGAUAAAGAGGAACCUGCAUACCUGCCUCCCCCCCCCCCAUCCCCUACGUCAGCAACCGCAAGUCGAAACAAUUAUAUUGCGUAGAUCACAAAGGCCGAAAAAACGGAUUAUACAACCCAAAGAAUCCCAUGCACCUUCUGCCCCCACGACAGAAUAUUGACUGAGGCGCUGAACUAACAAGAUGCACAGCUGCCUUAAGGAUGGCGUCCGUUCACCGCUUUUCGUCUUUCAUUAGCAUCCUAGCUAAAGAAAACGAGAAGUGGGUGACGUAUCCGUGACGUCUUCGAUCCUGCCAUCUGCCUACGUCACGGAUCAUCUCGACCAACCAGCGGCUGGAAGUGAUCUCCUGGGCCAAUCAGCGACGUUUCCUGUAGUGACGUCAGGAUGGGUAAUCAAAACAGCGGUAGCGUGGCUCUUUCGCAGCCGCCGCCGAAUUGGACACAAAGCUUUCCUCGUGAGAAUAAGCGACUCAAGAAAUAUGGUGCUACAACGGAAAAUAAGGUGUUGCCAGAGAGAGUGCCAGGACAACGUUUACGCCCGACUGAAAAUGGACACCUCCUCCAAAGCAAGGGCACAAUAACAGCCCGACGGAUGAGUGAAUUCCAUGCACCCCAUCACCCAGGUUUUCCUCCUCCUACUUCCCUUCACCAGCCAUAUCCUCCCCACCAUCCGCCUCACCAUGUGCUCCAGCCUCCUCAUUCGGCCUCCAUGACUGCUCUCCACAAUCCCCAUCUCCAUGACGAGCGAGCAGCGUCCAUUCAUGAUCUGAGGUUUGGGCGUCCUCCUUCCAAGAACUAUGCGAGUGAACCGGAUCUGAGAGGGCCAACCCCUGCACCCAUUACGCCGCCACAAACCCAACAUACAAUCAUCAGUCAGUCGCCAACAAAAGGCAGAAUAAAAUCGAAGAAGAAGUACAAGGCCCCUCCUGCUCCCGCUGAGAAUGCUAUGGACACACACUCCCUUCCUCGAGGAGCUGAGCGAUCCCAUUCCAUAAGUGACAUAGCCAUGCAGGACCAGUGGUCACAAUGGCCCGGACCGAGUUCAAGGCCCAGAGAUUCCCCUCACGAAGCUCAGAAGUCGAAGCCUCGUAAGAUUGGCCUUUUCCGCAAGAAGAACGAAUCCCGUCGACCAAUACCUGGUGAGGAUCAGAGAAGUUCUAGCGAGGAGCAAGACCGAUUGCGAGCAGUUAGUGAGGAGAGACAGUCUGCUGUAUCCCGUUCACCACGACGUUCACCACGCGAAGAAAUCCGUGAACGUGCGCGUAGUCUCGACUGCCUGCAGCAUGAAUUAAGCCAUCCUCCUGUGUCCCCUGGAAGGCCAGUAGCAGCCACGAGCCUGACACACCUCCACCAUACACAGGAACCUCGCAUGUGGUCCACACUAGAAAGGGAUUCUCGUCGCCGAUCAAGUUCACGUGAAAUGGAUUCAAGAAAAAGUAGCACACUAGAACGUGAUUCACGGAAGAGCAGCGCUAUCGAGAGGGAAUCAAGAAGAAGCAGCACCUUGGAAAGGGAUCACCAGAAGAGCCACCGCAGAAUGAGCACACUGGAACGGAAGCUCGAAGAGAGGAAGCAAUGGGCAGGUGAAGCAUCUACUCCACUGGCUGGAAGAAUGUCCACUCGCCUUGACUCCUAUCGAGAAAAUUCUUCACAUCGCCGUUCGUCAUCCAGUGGCUCUCAUCAUGAGUUAAUAAAAAAAGAAAACAGGAACAUCAAAGACGAGUGGGACAUGGCAGAAGCUGAAAUGAAAAAGAAAAACAGCAGUACAAAAAUAGAUGAUGAAUGGGAUAAAGCAGAGAGAGAAGUUAUACAGCGCAAGAAGAUGUCAGCAAGUCUUCAAGCUGAACUCAUUAGCACUGUAAAGAACCUGAAGAAGUCUUCAGAACCUGAGGUCAAUGUGUCAACCCUGACAAGGAAGAAUAAGGAAACAGAAAAACGGUCAUCCGGGCCAUCUAGUCGUAAUGCCGCUGUGGCUACUGACCACAAUACCUCACAGCCAAAAACCUUCUUCUUUGGAAUGGAACCUGAGGUACAACGUGACACGCGAGGUGAAACAAAUACUGGUCUUCACAAAAUCAAAAAUCAGGAAGAAAUAGCUAAGAUGAAGAAUCAAGAAGAAGCAGCCAAGACAAAGAAUCAAGAUGAAGUGCGUAUCACUGGCCAGACAGUGGAGUUCUCACGUCGUACCCUCGAGCGUGCUGAGAAGAGUCGAAGUCGCAGCCGUAGCGCCCGCAAAGAGAGUCACAAAGCGACUGCUGAUGAAACUGACGCUGGCACCAAACAUCAGAGCCAUGCAGAUCGCCGCAAACUAUCACGUGAUGUUGAAGAAUUUGCGAUUGCAAUUGAAAGGCACAAAAUGUCCCGAACUGAUGGAGAAAGCAGGGCAAGCGGUUCUUCUCGGCGUGAGGACGGAGGUUAUCACUCACGACAAAACUCUGGCAGUUUGUACCUGGAUCAUGAACACAGUGACCAGAUGGAAGGUGAAGUUAGCAUUAACCUCCGCCCUACACUUCCUCGACGCCAGUACGAGAUUCCCAGAUUCAGUCCUAAUGCUGCUUGGCGCUCUUUAAGCCUUGAGCGAGCUAGCCGACAGAAGGAACCCCUUAAUGAGAGUCGCAGUAGUGAAGACCCAGAUUCUGUGUAUGAGACAAAAAUCCAGAGGUACACAAGGCCAACAGCUCCUCCUCGAGGGUCUGGUGAGAAAUCUGCUGACUCAGGCAUCUCAGGUGAUGCUGGAAGCCCUGGACCGACUCAUGAAUUCGAACCUCUCAGUCCACCAGAGAAAACCAAGAGUUCAUCUGGACCCCUGGCAGUAUCGUCACCUGUGGCUUCAGGGCGUCCUGAAGUCAGGAGAGCUUGGACACCUGCACAGGAUCUAGACGAUAAUAGUUUAGAUGGAAGUGGUGAACAGCCUGGAUUACCUCAAGGCCUUUCCACGCCUCCAAAAUUAACAUCACGGUCAAACAUGUUUGGAAAAUCACCAGAAAUAACGACAGAACCAGAAACUGAACCAGAUAGUCCCGUGGAGACAGAAGUGAUCCUCGAACUCAUUAUGUCAGAGAAGAAAGACAACUGGCCAAAAUGGAAGAAACGCACUGGAGGAGGAGACAACAUUCCACAAAAGUUCAACAGCCUCCGGAAAUUAAAGCGAUCUGUGUCUGGAGCCAUUGUGGCCCUCGGACGAAAGAGUCCUGGCGGUGAAGACAGCCUGCAGAGGAGCAGGUCUCCCGAAGACCCUCAGUCGCAACCUCUAGGCGACGACGUAACGUGGCGCGACAACUGGUCCAUGUCUCGCUCCAUCCCCAAUUCCCUCAACACGUGCGAAGAACAAGACAGCGUCAGCAAUCUUUCAAGUUCUCGAGCCGCCCGCAGCAGGUCCGAGUCUCGCAUUGGCGGAAAUGGUGCUCCCGAUGUUCCGUACGAUGAAUCACGAUCGCGAACGCCCUCCUAUCUGCAGCAUGGUGGAGCUGGUCAUAUCAUGUACCUGCCGGAAUACAAUUCACGGAAGGUACUGCGUGGGGACUCCGGUAAUGAAGACGAGAAUGAUCGACACUACGAUCAUCAUAACAUGAGGCCGCUUUCUCCUGAUAAUGAACGUAAACCACCGUCAGGUGAUGAGGACCCAGCUCUCCCUCCAGAGAGCUAUCACGGGCCCAGCUCCCUGCCGGUCAACAUUCCCGAUUCUCACCCACAUUUGAAAAAGAGUAAAGGGAAGAAGUUCUCCUACCAGAGCACCGUCAGGAUUCUGGAGAAGAGAAAGUUGGAGGAAAAACUUGCACGCGAAGUCGCCGAGAAGGAAAGGCUGAGACUGAAGGAGAUUGAAGCUAUGAAAAAGGUCGAAGAAGAAUUCCAGAAAAAGAGAGAGCGAGAGAAGAAGAAACUCAAACAGCAGCUCAAACUCUUCCACAUGCAACAACAACAACAACCACAGAAGCCACAACACAGUCACAACAACUCUUAUUCCAGCGAUGAACACCCUUCGUCUUCGUAUUCCUCUGACCAGCAAGAGGUGUCAAGUCAAGAUUCCUCAAGACCUCCUCUGCCUCGGUCAUCUCCCCCUCAGCAGAGUUACGGGUCUCCGUUCUCUUCCCUUCCCCCGGAGCUCCCCGCCGAGUCCUCGCCCGGCCUCCUGUCGGGGAUCAAGAGCUGGGUGAAGGGCCGCCGCGAGAGCCGCUCCUCCUCUACCUCCACCACCACCACUCUCACCUCCGCGCCCCGCCAGGAGCCCGACGGAGCGCCCGCGUCUUCUCCACGCAAGACGAGUGAUGACUACUCGAGUUCCUCGGCCGCGUCGUCGAGGAAGAACAGCGAGGAUCUAAAGGCGAACCCGAGGGAGGAAUUCCGCGCCGAAAUCAUAGCAGCGUCGAGGAAACGUAGCGGCGACGCGCGGGUUGCGGGCGUCGUGGGCGGCGGUCACGAGAGCCCCUCCCGCUCCAAGCACAGCAGCGGCGCCCGGAAGUCCGUCUAUAAUCACUUGAACGACGGUGCAGAGCGCGAGUCGCGGCGCUACAAGUACUACCACCACCAGGAGGAGAGCCAGCAGCAGUACCACAGCAGGCACCACCACAGAGAAGGCUCCCGCAGGUCACAAUCACCGGAGAGUCGCCGCCUGACACAGGAACUUCCCGAAUUCCACCAGGAACGCAGAGAAUAUCGGGAAUAUCGUAGUUCCUCGCGCCAUUCUCACUCUCCGCCAGGUCGCAUUCCAAGCAGUCCACCUGUCUCCGUCACGCCCACGGGCAGCAACAGGAGCAGCAACUACCGCCGAGACUUCUGCCGCGGGAACGCCCAUGUGAUCGGGCCAAACGUCGUGUCCGUCAAGAUGAAACGACACGAUGAGAGUGAUAGAUUUUCCAAGCACUCCAGCGAUGACCGACGCUCCGUAGGCAGCAGUGGCGUCCAUCGCAGUGCCUCCGUCGACCUUCUUGAGACUGGGUCCUCGUCGUCAUCAUCUACAGCGCGACACCACCAGUCCAGUCAUCAUCUUGCCGACACUUCCCUCAGCCAUAACUACACCAGGAUGAACGGGUAUCCACCAGUAGACAGCAGUCCUGCAAGGUUCGCUCACAGCAUGCUGACUCCUUUUAAUGCCUCCAAGGGCUACAGACCGGUUUCCUUUAGUCCACCGCCUCCUACCAAGAUUCUCCCAGUUAACUAAGCGAUUUUAUCAUCAAGCAAAAGAUGAGACCUGUAUUAGUUAAGUUUAUGCCUAAAAUAUAAGAGAACGAGAGCUCGCUGCGCCGUCAAAGAAAACGGCUAUCAUCUCGACAAACUGAACGAUGACUAAGAAAAAUAAGAUGUUAUGUCAAAGAAAGACAACUAAACAAAAUGACUUUAAUAUUAUUCAACGUUGUCGUACGGAGCGAUAGUUCCGAGUGCCAAAAUGGAAGAAAAAAAUAUGAAAAUGGAAUGACAACUUGGAUCUUUUAGGUACAUAGGCCAUGCUUAAUGUACCUUUUACCAGUAUUAGCUGUAAUAAAAUCAUUGUUCACCUCAUGUAAAACUAAUAUUGAUGGUUAUGAGCUUUAAUGCUUCCGUCCUGUGAGAGAGAAUAUCUGGACGCUCUUUAGGUAUCUGCGUGUAUGUUUGUACGUAUGUAUGUAUGUAUAUAAAAAGGAAAAAAAUGCACUUGUAAAAUCUUUAAAUACGCAAGUAUGAAUGUGUUCAUCCCCCUUUCAUCUCCCAAGUAAAGAUAGAAGUUCAGUGUACUCUAGAAAUGAAUAAGCUUUAGAGAUAAGAACAUAGGCUAUCGUCAUUUUAUCAAAUAACGCUGGGCUGCGGUGACAGAUUUGGACACGCCAAUGCUCAAAUUGUUACUAUUUUUUAUAACGGGGUGUCAAUUUGAUAUCGGUUUGUUGAAAUAUAUAGAUGAUAGUAUUAACCAAGAGAUGUUUAUAAUACUAUAAGUAUCCUGUGAAGUCGGCAUUCAGUGAUAUGGAUGCUAAUUCGAGUGGUUAUCAUUAUUGUUAUUGUUGUUAUUUUGAUAUUUCUUUCUAAACUAUCAAGUAUAAUAAAGGGUAAGCAAACAGUAGAUUUAUUUGAUACUGUAUAUAUAUACAUAAUUUAUAUAGAAGAGAAACGAGUAAACACGAACCAUUUGGAGAAAUCCGAUGGAAAGCUAUGCCUAUAAAACUAAAGAUAAGUAAAUCAAUGAAAAUAUUUCACCCACGCCUCUGAGCCGAAUCACAGGUGUAAAUGAACUAGAUGCCAGUGUUCUGUUGCUAACAUAUCAACCCUAAUGUUGUACAUUUCCAAGACAGAAGAUUCUUAUGGUGUUUCGUCCCUUGAUGAACCUUUUCGAAAAUACUCUCGACAAAUAUUCGGAUAAUCUUGCACAAGUUGUAUAUUUUUUGUUGUAUAUAACAUUUUGUAUGAAACUUUUUUCUUAACACUUGCUUGUAAUAUCUUAUUAACAGAAUAAAAUAUAUUUGACUUAU